CGUCGGUUGUCCCUGCGCCGUCACCAAUCCCACCCGUGAAGACCUUAACCAACGGUCUUCACCUUCAGCCGUCCAUUUCGCCUUUACCUCUUGCAUUCAUCUUCGUGCAGCCCAUUGAAGACUUCUCGAAUACAAGCCCAAUUUCUCGGGUCAUUGCCCUUAUUCGACUGGCAGUCAAUCAUGCAGCGCGAGCACAGUCGUCGUGGCUUCUCUAUUAGUCAUCAGAAAGUUGUUCUGGAGAUUGACUUCUCCGGCUCUCUCUGGGGUUACACAGAAAUCACGCUUAUUCCAACCAAUCCCAACCUGAGAACUAUUCAUUUACACUCCAGGCAAUGCACGAUUCAUUCGGUUUCUGUCGCGUCACACCCAGCGGAUUUCGUUCACCAUGAUCCGCUCGCUCAGAUCAAUAUCUCAAACCCUCAGGACUGUCAUACUUAUCCAGAGUUGAAGCGGAAAAUAUAUUCUGCACUGGCCGAAGGCGAUGAGGGUGAACUGUCGAUUACGAUCCCAAAGGAAGUUUCGCUUCGACAAACUGGUCAUGCAAAUCACUCGCUUGCGAACGGUCAUCUCAGUGAAGCUGCCACACCUGAGCCUCAGACCCCUGGCCCCUUCCAUACCCCCGCACCCAGUCCAGAAUUCAUGCCUAUAGUGGUCCACAUUGACUACAGCCUGAGAAACCCAGUGGAUGGCAUCCAAUUUGUACUGCCCACCGACUCCUACCCAUAUCGCGUACCGCAUGUAUACACGACACCGUCGUCUCCUGACGCUGCGAGAUGUUGGGUUCCAUCCAUUGACAAUUUGUGGGAGAAGUGCACUUGGGAGUUCGAAUUUGUUGUUCCUCGGUAUCUCGAAGAGCCUGAUCCCGGUCAGCGCGGAGAGAAUGGUGACUUCGAAGAGUCCCAGGAGUCUAUACCAACAGUAGUUGUCUGCAGUGGCGACCUCGUGGAACAGGUUGCGCAUCCCAACAACUCGAACAAAACCAUAUUCUUGUUUUCUCAAACAGUUUUGACGUCUGUGCAGCAUGUCGCUUUUGCUGCUGGCCCAUUUCAUGUGCAUCUUAUCCCGACGGAGCUUACAUCAGAAGAUACGUCUGGCAUAUCACAGCCUCUUAUGCAUGCGUUUUGCUUGCCCGGUCAUGAAGCUAUGCUUCAUUCGUCGAUUUCAUUCCUGCGUUCGGCGAUGAACUUCUACAGCACAGAAUUCGGUUCCUACCCGUUUGGGUCAUACAAAGUGGUGGCGGUCGACGAAAUGCCUGUUCAGCGCUUCGACAGCUCGACACUUUCCUUGAUCACUGUGGAUCUUCUUCAUGGCGAGGACGCGAUUGAGCAGGUCUUGGAAACGCGGCAAGCACUUAGCCAUGCGCUGGCUUGUCAGUGGAUGGGAAUUAACAUCCAACAGAAGACAUGGUCAGAUACCUGGCUCGUCAACGGCCUUGCCUUGUAUAUCACCGGCCUAUUCAUCCGCAAGCUACUGGGAAAUAACGAGUAUCGAUACAGACUCAAGCGGGACAUGCAACGAGUCGUCGAGUGGGACAACGGAUCAAUGCCGCCCAUCUGCCAGCCUCAGCAUCAUGAUCCUCCAGAUUCCAUGACGUUACCUUUUGUCAACUUGAAGGCGCCCCUCGUGUUGCACAUUUUGGACCGCCGUCUCGGCAAGUCUGGUACCUCUCUUGGUCUUCCUCGUGUUCUGCCGAAGAUUUUUUUGUCUGCAAUGAGCGGAGAGCUGCAAAACAAUGCUCUAUCGACGCACUCGUUCCUGCGUACCUGCAGGAAGGUCAGCGGAAUUGAUCUUCGGUCAUUCGCUGAGCAGUGGAUAUACGGUAGCGGUUGUCCGGCAUUCGGAUUCUCUGCUUCAUUCAACAGGAAGAAGAUGGCAGUGGAAAUUACGAUGCGACAGGAUUCACCUGCGUAUAAGGCACUUGAGCACAAUGAGGUGUCGAAACUGUUGAACAAGCCCGUUCCAUUCUUUGAGGGCCAAAUGACUGUUCGGAUCCAUGAGGCGGACGGUACUCCUUAUGAGCACGUUCUAGACAUUCGCUCGCCCUUCAAGCGCUUUGAAGUUCCUUUCAACACGAAAUACAAACGUAUUCGACGAAAUACUAAGCGAUAUCUUGCACGACAAGCGGCUGCUCAGGCUGCAGCAGAAGGUGAUGCCGAAGCUGCUGAAGCCAUGGGUCUAAUCGACAUGGGUUUUGGACUCGAGAUCUGGGAAAAGGAGAAGGAACGAGAAAACUGGAAGGUGGCUGACUGGACAGAGGAGGAUGAGCAGGUGAUGUCGGGUGCGACGUACGAAUGGAUCCGCAUGGACGCCGAUUUUGAAUGGAUCGCUGCUAUCGCUUUCGAACAGCCCGACUUCAUGUGGGUGUCGCAGUUACAGCGAGAUCGUGAUGUCGUCGCGCAACUGGAAGCUGUUAAUGCUCUUGCAAAGCAAUCCACCGCCAUCGUUUCGAGUACGUUCACCAAGACAGUGCUCGUCUCCAAUUACUACUAUCGCAUACGAUGUGAGGCCGCGAUGGCCCUAGUGCAUUGCGCUAUUCGGAGACUUGACUUCUUAGGACUAUUUCAUCUGUUCAAGUUAUUCCUUCGCUACUGCUACGACCCAGAAGACCCCAACCAAGAUUUGUUUGCUCAUACUUAUGUCCCAAAGCCUAAUGACUUCUCUGACCUGGCGGAAUACUUUGUUCGAAAGAGCCUCGUUCAUGCAAUAUCUCAAGUGCGCUUUGAGAACGGCAAGACGCCCUCAGUAGUUCGUCAGUUCCUCAUCGACCAGCUUCGCUACAACGACAACACGGCCAACCCGUGCUCUGACGCGUUCUAUAUAUGCACUCUCAUUUCCGCCGUUGCUUGUGCUACUAUCUCGACUGCUCCUCCAGAACGUGGCGAGCUCCUUCGCGAAGAAAUUCGGUCGGAGCAUACCACCGAGGAUGCAAGCUUAAUGAAGCAGGCGAUCGACGAGGUCAGUAGGUAUCGGAGCAUGGACAGACUCAUCCCGUCACCGAAGAAUGUUGUCACCACUGCAGUGUUGGAAUUCUACUUGAUUCUCACUACCGCGAACCUCAUCCCGAACGAUCUCAGGGUCUUUUUCCCUCUUACCCGUGAGGGUAAUUAUACCCAAGUUCGUCUCGCCGCCUUCGAUGGCCUUUUCAUGUCCAAGUGGUACACUCCCGCCAUCAUGCGCUACGUAUUGGCUGUCAUGGCGAAUGACCCGUCUCGCGUGGUCCGGAGACAUGUGGCCCGUAGCGCAUGCCAAAGUUUAGCUCUCUUGGUGUCCAUGGGGGAGAUGAAGAAUACCGUCAAGGAUACAGAGUCUCUACUCAUCGAGGAAGAUGGCACUCUGCCAGAAAAGUCGAAAGAAGCGAAGAAGAGUGAGGUCGACUUGAUGAUCAAGGUUCUCAGGAAAGACAGAGAAAUCGGCAAGAACGAGGUGUUGCGAGAGUUUUUGAUGUCCAUUGCUCUUGCACCUGAUAUCGACCAGGAGGUGCGCUGGGGUAUCAUCAAGCUAGCUGACAUUGUCCUUCGGGGAGUGGAAGAGACUCCGCCAAAGGUCACUAUUCACCUGCCCCCUACGCCUGUGGCUGAAGUGCCGCCCCCGUUACCGGUGGUGAAGGCGCUGCCGAAAGCCUCUCGGCCUCUCAAGACCGGGGGUCCACCUGCUCGAGCGCCCGCUGUUCCAUCUGCUCCCCCUAAGCUCAAAAUCAUGCCUGGCGGUGCUCAAGCCCGAAGCAACACUUUAUCUGCUACUACAUCCGUUGCUGCAACGCCUCCAGCCCGCACAGGCACCAUGGCUCCGCCCCCAGCUCCUGCAAAAGCCAAAGGCAAACCUAAACCCAAGCUUGUGAAUGGUGUCAGGCCCCCUCAUCUCCCGAAGGCACAGUCAGCUGGAAUGAGCUUGAACGAUUUGCGUGCAUCCCGCAAUGCGCUUAAGAAACUCAAGAUGCAUAAGAGCGCGUUGCUUUUCAUGCAACCCGUGGAUCCCGUUCGAGACCAUGCUCCAAACUAUUAUGAGGUCAUCAAGAAUCCUAUGGAUCUCAGUACCAUGGGCGCUAAAAUCGAGGCGGGCAUGUACAAGGACCGUUUUGCCUUCGAGGGAGACUUCCGUCUUAUGAUAGCAAAUGCGAAGCAGUACAACCCGUCUGGAACAUACGCCCAUACCGAGGCGAUUUUCUUGGAGACAUUCUUUGAAAAACUUUGGAACCGCAUUCAGAAGACUCUCGAAGCUGCUAGCAAGAAUGCAGAGCCUGUACCUGUGGAGAACUUGCCCACCAUCAUAGUGAAGAAACAACCCACAGCUACUUCGUCAAAGCCUCCUGCAGUCUCAGCCCCGCCGCCACCUCCGCAAGCAGAGGCUCCAGCACGUCCAGUUAUCAAGCUCAAGGUUGGUGGUUCGCAAGCUAAAGCACCGCAACCAGAGCCCUCAAAGAAGGCGGCGGAGCCCAAGGCUUUGCAGAAACCCAAAGCGCGCAAGCCCAAAGCCGUUGACGAUGCACCUCCGCCUUACGUUGAUGAUGGAUCCCAUGACUUGUUGCAAGAAGUCAUCGCUAUUGAGCGAGAAAAGGAUGAGGAGAAGCGUACCCGAAAGACCAAAGAUCCUGUUCGGGAAUCACCCCCUGCAAGAGCUUCGGGCAGUGGACCACCUGGGAAACGCAGGAAGACGAGUGGUGACGACGAUGAUAGCGAGAUACUGAUGUUAGCCCCAUCCCUUUCCAGGAAGGAAAAGCCUGGCGCUCCCAGCACGCCAGCCGUAGAGCCGUCCGUUACGCCUACUCCGAGAGUGUCUGUUAGCAAGCCAAAGAAAGAUAAACCUGCAAAUCUUCGCGAUUCAGAAUCUGCCUCCGAACCCCCGCGCACCUCUAUCAAGGGCAAAGAGAAAGAGAAAGAGAAAGAAGUUGUGCCUAACAAUACACCGACGCCAUCGAAGGCUCGCAAGAUGCAGGCGACCGCUCCACUCAAUGAGAAGAAGUGUCGGGAAAUUCUGAAGGUCAUUUUGAAGGUGCCAGAGUGCGUUAUAUUCGCUCAGCCUGUAGAUCCUGAGAGAGACGGUUGUCCUACGUACUAUGAGGAGAUCAAACGCCCGAUGGACUUUGGUACUAUGACCCAGCGUUUGAACGAGGGAAAGUACUCGACCAUGGAGGACUUCCAAAAAGACGUCGAACUGGUGUUCAGUAACUGUCGAAAAUUCAACCCACCCACUACGUACCCUGUCAACUGUGCGGAUGUGGUGGAGAAAGUCUUCAGGAAAGAAUGGGCAAAGGUGAUAGAGAAGAAGAUUUCUUGGACGGAGAAGAGGACCUUACAAGCACUGAUGACCCAACUGGUGAAGGAGGACGUUUCUUGGGUAUUUCGAGAACCUGUCGACCCUGUCAUGUUGGGUAUCCCGACGUAUUUUGACGUCAUACCGAAGAGGGAUGCAAGAGACCUGAGGACGAUCCGCCAGAAGUUGGACGCUGACAAGUACGACUCGGUGGAAGGAUUUGAGGCAGACAUCGACCUCAUGAUCCGAAACGCCAUCACCUUCAAUGGUGCGGACUCUGAAGUCGGGCAUAUCGCGGUGGCCGUGCGUGACCGGGUCAAGGAGCUGUUCGGCGGAGUCAAGGCGAGUGUAGGGACCAAGAAACGCAAGGACGGCGAGAAAGGGACACCUCAGCCGUCGAAGAAGGUGAAGCUCGUCUGAGGAUCGUAUGUUAAAUUACUGCAAUAAUCCAUUUGUAUCUAUUACUACUCGCUAUUCUUUGCUAUGUAAUUGCUCUCGCGGUAGCCACAUCGAACUCUCAUCACAAGCAACUCCGC